AUGGCCCCGUCGCCCCUAGCCAUGGCCCCUCGCGACCUGCCGCCCCUAACCGCGGCCCCGGUGCCCUGUUGCGCCAUGGUGGGUGAGGGGGUGGCAAGAGGGGGUUCCUCCUACCCGCGUGCCCUUCAGUCGCACGCGCAGCUCCGCCCCCGCCCCCCUCCCCCCCCUCCCCCCCCUCCAUGGGGAUGGCGGGGAGAGGGGGAGGAAACUUGGAGCAGUGGGGGGGAGGGUAUGGGGGUGGCGGGUGUGGCCACCCUGCUGUCGCCCGAGCGGCUCCUGCACCGCCCCUUCUCCUACCUCCCCCCUGCUGCGGGUGCAGCAGUGGGGGGGGGGAGGGGAUCUGCGGCACCAGCCCCCCCCCCCCCCCCCUUCAUCCUUCUCCUACCUCCCCCUGCUGCGGGUGCCGCAGUGGGGGGGAAGGGAUCUGCCAUCCCCCUGCUGCGGAUGCAGCAGUGGGGGGUGGGGACCUGCAGCACCAGCCCCCCCCCCCACCCUUCUCCUCCACCCUUGCUGCGGGUGCAGCAGUGGGGGGGAGGGGAUCUGCAUCAGCAGUGGGGGGAGGGGAUUUGCAGCAUCAGCCCCUCCCCCCCCCCCCCCCUUUUCUCCUCCACCCCUGCUGCGGGUGCAGCAGUGGGGGGAGGGGAUCUGCAGCAGCAGUGGGGGGGGAGGGGAGUUGCAGCAUCAUCCCCCCCCCCCCCCCCCCCCCCCCUUUUCUCCUCCACCCCUGCUGCGGCGGUGGGGGGAGGGGAUCUGCAGCCCUGUGCCGCCCUGCAGCCCUGUGCAGCAGUGGGGUGGGGGUAUGGGGGUGGCGGGUGUGGGUGCAACUGUGGGGUGGCGGGUAUGGGGGUGGCGGGUGUGUGA